AUGUCACCUCCAACCCCUGUACGAACAAGGGCAGAAAUGCACAGUAUUUAUAAAGAGCAGCUUACCAACCCUGGAAAAUAUCAGUGCACGUUGAAGUCGCUCUCACAACUGGAGUGCACUUUCAAGAUCUCACCCACUAAUUCCGUACUGGAGACCAUUUGCAUCCCAUUUAAGCGUGUAUUCCAGAGGUGUCUACAGCCAUAUACGCGGGUUGUUGAUGGAAAGAAGCAAAGAGGCGAACGGUGGAUUAACAUAGAAGUCACUGACCUGGAGACAAACGAUGGCAUAAGGUCAAAACACACCGAUGAGAUACAGAGAUUUUUAAAAGCAGAAGUAGACCUAGCGAAAUGGCUCGAGUCACAGAUGGAGGAAGAAAGCUAG